CAGACAAAUACAAAAAAAAAUUAGGUUUUCCUAUAAGGAACCUAAAACUUCCGUGCUCAAAACAACUUUUUUGAGGAAUUCUCUAUGGACACAAGUAGAAAAAUUCCGACAUUACAAUUUUACUGCACACCAAAUAUGGCUAGACUAGAAUGUCUUUGAUGAACUUAGUAUUUCGCAUUAUUCAACGACCUUUCAUAUCUUGAAUUCAGGCUUAAUGUCAACGAGAUUUGGAAGUAAUUAUUGUUUGGAUGAUGCCGAAGAAUCGCCCCCUUUACGUCGGCGACAUACGUUUUCAAUAUUUUCGACAUCUGACGAGAAAUCAACAUGCCAGCGAAAGCUUUCAAAGAAAAUAUCAGGAGAUGAGCAUUGGAGGAAAUUUCAUACAACAAACGAAUCUCCCGUUAUUUUUCAUUCAAGGCCUCAUCGUCUUUCAUUCCGACGAUCCUUGAAACGCUUAAAAAUUCCAUUCCGGAAAACUCGAUUAAAGGAAGAAAACAAGCAAGUUCAGAAGUCCCGUACAUCGUUGUUUCGUAGGUUUUACAUAUGGGUUCAUUCCAAAUGUCGUAUAGAAAACAGACACAAAAGUCGCAUUGAUGAAAAUUCUGCAAAUCUUCAUCGAAAUGUUACCAGGACCAUUGCAGUUGAUACGCUAUCCCAGGAGGAAAACAAUCGUACGCACUGCUUUCGUUAUGAAGAAACAAUCCACUUAGAGCCCGUGGGGAACGAUGUGAAUUAUGUGUAUAUAUGUAAUAAAUCACCGGAAAAUGUUUCAAUACACUCAAAGAAUGAAUCGGGUGAUUUAUCCCCCAUACGACCAGGUCACUCAAAUACACUUCAUGUAUCAGCAAUACAUGUGCGAGUUAAGGACGUUUCUCCGGAAAGACAGCCAUUAGGGGCUACUUCCAGCUGUCCCCCAAGAAAAAGCAGUGGUGUUGGUUGUUUAAAUAUAAAUUUUUAUGGGACAUGGCCACUGACGAGAAGAAAAUUGGAUGAAAAAGAGGAAGAGUGCGAUCCUUCGUUCGAGAAACUCAUUAUAGACGCAAGAUCUGAGAAGCAUGAUCGCCUUGAAGAUUUUUCCAUCGCUCAUAAAGAUUUGGAGUUUGGUGAUUGUCUACGCGUGGGAAGACACCGGACCAUAUACAGAGGGCGUUGGCAUGGCGAUGUUAACAUUCACAAUUACCAUGCUGUUUUCGAAGCUGAUGACUUCUGGAAUAAAGUCAGAAAGUUGUGCCGUAUACGUCAUGAAAAUUUGGUGCUUUUUAUGGGAGCUUGUUUAGAAGAAUGUAAUUUAGCAAUAAUACUGAGUUGUCAAGGCGGAGUUUCCAUGUAUGAACAUAUCCACAUCCAGAGGGAAAAAAUCUCACCGAUCUCAAAGCUUCAAUACAUUCGUCAGGUGUCAUAUGGCAUGGGAUACCUACAUUCCCGAGAAAUAGUUCAUAAACGGUUAACAACCCGAAAUAUUUUCUUGUGUCCUAAUGUCAGAAUCAGUGUCGUUGAUUAUGGGUUGGCUGAAGUGAAGUAUGACAGGCCAGGAUAUGCCUGCUUGCCACGUGGUGAUCUGAUGUACAUUGCACCAGAAGUGCUGUGUUCCAUGUGUGUUGUCCCUCCUAUGCUUGUUUCAGGUGUACCCUACACAUUCGAGACAGAUGUGUUUGCGUUUGGGACUGUUGUAUAUGAGUUGCUGACAGGUCAUUGUCCAUAUCAAGGAAAAUGUCCAGAGUUUGUUAUAUGGCAAACAUGCAAGGACAAAAAACGAGGAAUUCCAAAUAAAUCUAGCAUGAAAAUUCUUGAGACUCUUAUACGCAAGUGCUGGGCACACGAUCAAGAAAAACGACCUAGUUUUCAAGACAUAAGCAAAACUUUGCAUAGAAACGCAAAUCUUCACAAGCAACAUAGUGUUUCGGAGCCCGACAUUUCAGUGCGCUCUGGGAAAAAUUUACUUGAUGGAUUUUUGAAAUGAAGAGAUUUGAGGAUUGUACGAAUUGGCAAUGUACCUAAGGCUAUUUGUUAUUUGAACUUAUGGAUGGCAUCUAUCUACAGUUUUAUUAUAUAUAUAAUAUAUAUAUAUAUUUCAUUUCAUUGCUUAAUUUGAGUAGAUUUCCAUGUCAUUCAAAUGUAUUGCUAUUCCAAAGACAAGGGAGAUCGAGUAAGUAAAGAAUUAAGAACAAAUUUUCCUUCAAUAAGUGAUAUUUUUUUUUAUAGAUCUGUAACAUUUUUUCAUAGCAGCAUUUUACACAAAAGUUUUAUUUUAGGGAUUUAUUUCAUAAUGAAAUACAUCAAAUAUAUCUUUGCUAAUAUACAAAAUAGCCGAAUAUUUAAAAUGAACGGAAGCAUGCAGUACGUUUGAACACAAAUGCACAGAUUCGAUAUUUACUAACAAAACGUGCACAAAAUCAAUGUUUUUAGUUUAUGUACAUAUGCAUACUACUAUACCCUGUUUAUAUGUCAGACACACAGUCUGUCUGUCAUAAAGUGUAGUAUAAGUAGUAACGAAAAAAUCUUAUUUGUACAUCAGCAUCGGUAUACUAGAAAUUAGAAUAGAUUGUGGUACCAAGUGACGGCCAUACAGUUACACGUUGUUUUACUUCAUGUUUUGCCAUUGUGUUUUGUCUAAAUAUUGGUAAUAUUAUAUAUUUUCUCUUCUUUAUAGUAAAAUAAAUCUACUAUAAUUUGGC